CGGCUUCCGGUGAAUGUUGUAAGCGCUGAAACACUCUAGCAAUCCUGUUUGCGUUUAUUCAGCUGUAUUUCGAUGUUUGUUGAAAAAUAAUAAAUAAAUAAAUAAAGAUGACAUUAUAGUAACAAGACUUUAUAUAUCGGUAGAAUUCACAAUUUGCCUCGUCGCAUCCGACGGUUUUUGCACUAUAACCUUGGCGUCCCUGCUAUAAACCUAUCAACCAACAAGUAAAUAUGGCAAUGCUACGUCGUGGUCUUCAUAUACCUUCCCCAAUUCAGGUAAGGAUGAAGUCUACAUUUUUAAAGGCAGACUAUCUUCCUGGCAGACAGUUGUAACUAAAAUUAAAGCUAUCAGUCAGAUGACUAGUUGUUAGCACAUUUUGUAGGAUCGUCUAAAUGAGUGGGUUCCUCCUUCAUAGUUAGUUAGUUAGUUCUUUUUCUUAUUCUCUUCAUGUCUUGCAUAUUUGAUGAUGUGUCUGUGCAUUCUUGCAGGUUUUAACAGAAACCACGCCCCUGCCUUGGUUAAUUUUAUUCCGCAGCAAGUUCACCAGAGCACGGAUCCCACAAGAGGUAGGGUGCUGCAGACUUUCAUCAAGGGCAGGCCCAUACAAUCUAAAUGCAAUGAAUGCCUCAACUCAAAGCAAAAGUUUCUUACCUAUGUACUUAACCCUAAUUGCUCCAGGGUCACCGUCAGUAAUGGCUGAUCCAUGGCCAUGACCCCACUCUCCGAGGGUGUUUCUGGGAGAGUGAUAUGCAUGUCCAUUUCACACCACACACUUUACACACAGGUUACACACUUGUACAUGUGUGAAACAGGACAAAUAUAAGCACCCCCUAUUUAUUAUACUAUAACACUUUGGUCAUAGCCUAAUGGCAAUGAUCAUGGAAAUUACAUUUUUAAACAAACCUUGCGACUCCUUUUAAUCCAUAGUAAAUAUGUCUUUCUGCGUCUACAGUUGCUGGACGAGCGGUCUCAAGAGCAUGAGAAGUAUGGUGGCAACCCGGAGCAGCCCCAUAAGCUGCACGUGGUGACGCGGGUCAAGAGCACCAUGCGCCGACCCUACUGGGAGAAGAAGCUAGUGGAGGGACUCUGCCUGCAGAAGGUGGGGCUCCUAUCAGCUUGGAUUAAUAACCUCACAUCUGGGGGGCUAGCCUAGUGUCAGGCAAUCCUACCCUGCGAGGGUGUAGGCUGUGUGGGCUCAGGCUUUUGCUCCAGCCAAACUGAAUCGACUAAUUGAAAGUUGCCCCACCCCUAGGCUAGCCCCUAGCAGAGUGGAUAAGAAGACUUGUAUUGAGUUCAGUUGUGUGCUGUGCUUGCUCUUGCUGUAAUAUCAAGUUGUAAUAACGAUUCUGAUUGCUAACUUGGUUGCACUGUAAUGGUUCUUUGCUCCUUCUCUACUCAGGCAUAUGUACCUGUAAUUCACAAGAACAUCCCUUCAGUCAACAACCAGCUGAAAUUCAUCAAGCAUCUUGUGAGGUAAGACUGCUCGGGUUUGCAAGACCUCAGUUAUUACUUUGUUAGCGCAGGGCUACUAUCAAAUACAUCUGAUAAUUCCUGUGAAGUGUAUGCUACUGUUUACCCAUUGAGUGCGUGGUUGGUUGAUCCUGAAAACUGACCACUGAAAUGCGCUGUAAUUGAAUACAGAUUAACUUUGACCACUCUUCCCUCAUUCUCUCUGUUCAGGAUCCAGCCACUGAAGCUUCCCCAUGGUCUCCCUGCUGAGGAAGACAUGGCCAACACCUACCUGAACAGCAAAGGAGAGCUGAUCGUACGACGCCUCCUCAAACCUGUAGAGUCCAAAGCCAUAGAGUCAUAGCCAGCACUACUCUAUCCCCAAGUCCUCACCUGCCAUUUCGUCAGUGGGCCUGUUUGAAUACUGAAAAUGCAUCCUCCUUUCCUCAAAGUAAUCACUGACAUGACUGGAUUGGCUGUGUAGUGGAUCCCAUGCUUUCACCUAUCCAAUCUGUACAGGACACAAAUUAAUGGUUUUAGUCUGGCCUACCAGAAAUCAGCCGUGAUUCCAAUUACUGGAUCAGUGAAAUUUCUGUACUUGUGUUCAUUCUAAACCUGGACUGAGAAACACUUCUAUAGCUCACCCCUUUGUAUUACAUUUCAAAUAAAAACAUAACAUAAACAUGUAUAAUAUGUUAAUGUCUAUAAAAUAAGAAUACAUCCAUGAAAUUGAGGAAGUCAUAGGAAAAUACAAAGCGCCAGUGAUGAUCAGCUUCUUUUAUUAAGAUCAAGUCCAUUUUUAUAGAAAAACUCAAACCUGUGCUACCAAUCACACUGACGACACAAAGGAGGUGGUUGUGGAAUGCAGCUGGCAUUGGCACUUGGUUGUUGCUCAUGAAAAGCUGGAUUUAUGUUUUCCCCCACAAAUCGGGUCGACAAAUGACAUGGAUUUAUGUUAAUGUAGCUAGCUAUAGUGUUAGCGAGGAAAGUUCUUUAUAAUGUUGAAUGAUAACAGGGUAACAGCAUCAGGUCUGAGGGUUUCCAGUUCUAGACUUCAAUUGGAAUCGAAUCAAACAUUUCAAGAGGAGCCAGUCAGGGCCGAAUGAGAAUUCAGUGGCUCAGACAGGAAUCCU